ACACACAGCACACAGCUGGGUUCCGGUAUAAACACGCGGAACAUGCAGUAAAUAAUGAACAGACAGAAACAGGACAACCAUCCGUGUGAUUUGAUUUAGUUUUGCCAUUUUUUUCGCUCCCAACAUGACAGCAGCUUUAAAAACGAGAUUCUUCUGCCGUGGCUUUCUGUGGUUCAUCCUCCUGAUUUAUUGAGUUUCACGUGGAAAACGAGCUGAAUGAAGCGCGCGCACAGCAGAGAGGGAGACUGCUCUCCAACAGGUGCAUCCUCCUCCUCCUCCUCCUCCUCUUCUUCCUCCUCCUGCUCCUCUUGACGCGCUCUCUCCGUGCCUCUGCUCACUCUGCGGCUCAGACCUGCAGCCCUCAGAUCAAGUGUUGCUCCAAACUUUUCUCUCCGCUCUCAGGCUGAUCCAGCUGCACCACCGCGCUGGUUUUACGCGCAGCAGCUCCUGCAGCUGGAGCUCCCCUUCUCCCCAGCAUGGAUGACGAGUUCCUCUCCAACCUCUCCCCGGCUCCCCCCGGAGACCCCGAGGCGUUGACCCCCAACUCCACCGUGGAGCCCGGCUGGUGGGGGGCCUCCGACGGCGGGGAGACGGUGCACUUCGUGGUGCGCUGCGUCAUGACCUCUGUCUACAUCCUCAUCAUCACCGUGGGUCUGCUGGGGAACAUCAUGCUGGUGAAGAUCUUCAUCACCAACAGCGCCAUGCGCAGCGUGCCCAACAUCUUCAUCUCCAGCCUGGCGGCGGGCGACCUGCUCCUGCUGGUCACCUGCGUGCCCGUGGACGCGUUCCGGUACUUCUCGGAGGAGUGGGUGUUCGGCGAGGCGGCGUGCAAGCUCAUCCCCGUCAUCCAGCUCACCUCAGUCGGCGUGUCGGUGUUCACGCUCACGGUUCUCAGCGCAGACAGGUACAAGGCCAUUGUGAAUCCGAUGGACAUCCAGACAUCUAGCGCCGUCUUCUGGACUUGUCUGAAAGCCGUUUCCAUCUGGCUGCUGUCCGUCCUGCUGGCCGUCCCUGAAGCCAUUUUCUCACAAGUGAUUUCCAUGCAGGGUCACAGGGACAACAUGAACGUCACCUUCGUGAACUGCGUGCCCUACCCGCUGUCCAAUCAGAUGCAUCCCAAAAUCCACUCUGUGAUGAUCUUCCUGGUUUACUUCCUGAUCCCUCUGACCAUCAUCUCAGUGUAUUACUUCCACAUUGCCCGCACGCUAAUCAAGAGUGCCUACAACAUGCCGGGGGAAGUCAGUGAACACACCAAGAGACAGAUGGAGACGAGGAAGCGCCUGGCCAAGAUCGUGCUGGUCUUCGUGGGCCUGUUCGCCUUGUGCUGGUUCCCCAACCAUGUGCUCUACAUGUACCGCUCCUUCCACUACCACCAGAUGGAUCUGUCGCUGGCCCACCUCGUCAUCACGCUGGUGGCCAGAGUCCUCAGCUUCUCCUCCUCCUGCGUCAACCCAUUCGCCCUCUACCUGCUCAGUGAGAGCUUCCGCCGGCACUUCAACAGUCAGCUGCGGUGCGGUCGAGGUCCCCGUCCUGAACGCCAACCCAGCUACAUGCACAGCACCUCUCACAUCCACCUCACAUCCAUCAAGAAGACCACGCCCACCGCCGUCAUUGUGGCUCCGGCAGCAAACGGGAACUCCAACACUCAGGAAGUGGCUCUGUGAAGUUUCCAGGAUCCUCUGCAGAGAGACGAUAAUCAUGUUUGAGAGGGACUCUGGGGAAAAAACCCAGAAAAAAAACUUCUGACAUGUUCCACCAAUUGGAUGAUUCAAGGCAUCAGGAUAAAUCAUGACCAUCAUAAACAACCAAAACAAGAAGUGCCUCUUUGAAACAAAAAAGAGCAGAAACACCCUGAGAAUGUGUUACAACUCAGAACGCCGGUGACCAACUGAGGCUGUAGAAACAGGCAUCAACACAUCCAGUCUAAAGUAUGGAGACGGUUUGUCUGAACUUUUUGUCCGGCAAAAGGUUCAUGCAAAAGGCAUGUCUGUGAAUGCAGUGGUUCAUAGACAUCCAAAGGCGUUGAGUAGAGUGGAUGAACCUGGAAAUGUCUGCAAACUCCUGUCAUCUUUGGAGAUAUGAAGGCAGUUGUGUCUGUUCAGCUCAACGGGAAGCUUUACAACUCAAAACUGAAAAAAUUAACCUGCAUGUGGCUCUGCUAGGCAGGCGCUGUGCAGACAAACAGUCACUGUUCUACAGGUAGAAAUACCAGGUAAGGUUCAGGUAAUGAAGUCAGUACCGUGAGAGUUUGGUUAUGUAUACUUCCAGGAGAAGAGUCACUACCAGGCCUUUCCCUUCCUUUAAUGUCCAGAAUUGACUCACAUUUCAAGUAAAAUGUUGUAAAACAGUGAAAAUAAAUUGGUCUUUUAUUGAACAUCACUCACAGUGAAAAUCAGACCUAUAAUUAGAGUUUGAGUUUGGAAAACAUCUCAAAUUAACAACAUGCUGUUUUAACAAAAUCACUUUCGCAUCACUGGCUGUCAUCACAAACUCCUCCAAUAAAAUAAAUGUGAGUGAAACAUUUUUAUUUGUAGCUGUUCAAAGUUGGUCAAGAGCUUCUAGUUACAAAUCUACAAAUUUCUGCUUCUUUGAUGUUCAAAUAUGACGUGACAGAAAAACCCAAAUCCCCAUCAAGCAAAACGGAAAAGACAAAAUAAACACGCCAUUCAAGUAAGAAAGGUUUGUGUCGAUCUAUGUUCAUCUUGUCACCAUGGAGACGGUACGGCAGGUAGGAAUACCACCAACUCUGACUGGUAGAGAACUGGAGCAGCGACUGGAGUCACAAUGUCUCCCUAACAACCAUUAGAUGUCGUUUUGAAGGAAAGCCAAAAAAAAAAAAAAAGCUUAUUU